AGCAAGACACACACACUGCAUAUCUGGAAUAAACCUGACGAACGAGAUGGUUUCCUCCCAAGACGAAAAACUAUUAGCACAACUCUUAGGUGGCUUGCAGGAAAUUUUUAAACUUUGUAUAGCUACCCUCUGAGCCUGUUGCUACAGAACCAACCGAAGGCUAGGCAGAAAGGCAUUGCUACUUUAAAAAGCAGCCGACUCCGCUUCCAAAAUAGGUAAAAUAAUGUUCUUAAUACCUCAGUUCAAAGUCGGCGCGGUGCUCGACGGGCCAUUAAUGGCGCCCACCAGCCUUACCAGGGCCGCCUAGGUCGGUCGUACUCUCUCUAUCAGGGGAGUCCAGCGCGGCGUUGGCAGCACUGCGUGGCGGCACGUGUGGCUCGGCGCCUCGGCUCGGUCAGCUGUGGCGGCGCGGGAACCUGCGAGAAGGCAGUCCCUGGCCCUGUGGUGGUGGCGCCGCACCCCGGACAGGUACAACACGGUGGGCAGCCCAGCUUGAGUCCUUCAUUGGGAGGUGCUGCUCUCCAGGGUCCUGAAGGUGGAUUUCAUGCAGUUGCUGAGUCCUUGUCCAAGCAGUGAGAGAUCAGGACUCCCCCAUCAAUGUAAUGAACUGGUGUUCAAGGACUAAUUUGGAUGGGCAUAAGUGUGCCUUCUACUCUAUUCCACCUAUACAAACUGAUGUAUGAAGGAAUGCCUCAGGUUACUAAGAGGGAUUGUCACACAUAAACCUUUACAUAUUUUAUAUUUGCAUUGUUUCAAUGAACAGGAACAGCAAUGACUUCAAACACUGCAUCAAAUUCACAAAAUGCCAGCAUCAGCAUAAAUCAGCCACUCCAUUACUUUACAGGCAAAAUAAGGGCCUUUUGGAAGAAUUUGGUAUUUUUCUCGGAUCCAAGGAAUGUUGCUUUUGCUGAAGUGCGUGAUGUAUAUUUCAAUGGAAAGCGUGCAUCAAUUAGAGAUCUGGGAUACUUGGAAGAACUGGUUCAGAGAAGUAACUGGUCAGGGGGAGGUCCAGAGCUACACUCCUAUGUUUUUGACUACCAUAGUGAAAUUCCUUGCCCUUGGCCACAUGAACUCUCAGGAAAAAGGCUGUGGAAAGCAAAAUGUGCCUGGUUUGGUUUCGUUCCUAAUGGAAUAAAAGAAGAUUUUCUGAAUAAUAUUGUCUACAUGCCUCUCAGUUACUAUACUGGUACUAUUAAGGAAUUUUAUGAUGAUAAAAUUCUGUUUGGAGAUGCAAGAAACUCUGUGAUGGUUAGUUUAGAUAAUUUUUAUGGCGGUAGAGGAGGGUAUAGCACAAACACAUACAGAGAUUCAUCAUGGCCCUUAAAUGAUACAAUACAUGCCUAUGUCAUAAAACUGGAUGUACUGUCAGAUAGUCGUCUGAUUGGACCUGAGCCUCAUCUCCCCACUUGGCCUAAAGGACAUUUUUCUCCAGAUAUGUGGGUAGCAAAGUUUGCCUGGCAAGGUGAUUUGCCAGAACUAGUGAAAGAUCAAGUAGAAAGGUUUUACGUCAUUCGUAUGAACCGAUGGGUUGACCUACAUAGUGUUCCAUGGAUAGUUGAAGAUUAUGACCAAAACAACAUUGACAACUACAGUACUUUGCAGGAAAAUUCAAGCCCUGAAGAAAAAGAGAAUGUGCAAGAAACAGAAACAGGAGCAUUUAUUCCAGUAGAGCAAAAGCCUGGACUCAUGAAAGGCUCUCUUCUCUUGGCUGAUGAAAAUGAAGGUCUUAUGACCAGCUUUGUUGAUUUGAUUGCCUUUAAUAAAGAAUCUUUUUAUAUUAAUGGGAAGAAAUUCAUACAUAACUAUGAUCUGUCUUAUUUCUUUCAAGAUCGCAUAAUUCCCUUAACUGCUUGGGUGAUACCUUUGGAUAAACCAAAAGUAAUAUUCAACAUAAAAGUUGUAUGGCAGGCAGUGUGUGUUUGGUGUGGAAUCCCACCAAAGCACUUGGAAAACAUUAAGAAGAAGUAUGUUUGUGAAAAGGUUUGUAAUAACUCUCUAAAGACUUCUGGCUCAGUGUCAUUCAUGCAUUUUAUUGGGAAAGUUAAAAGCUUAUCCUAUGCAUCUGGUGUGCUCAUUAGUAGAGCUGGUCUUGAUCAACAGGUUAAGAUAUCAUUUAAAAGGAAAGCUGUUUACAUACAUGGAAGCAAGUUUCAUUCAAGUUGCAGUCUACUUGAUAAGCAGCAAUUGCUGGAGAACAGUGUUUGGUCAGUAUUAGCUUACCCAGUGUGGACAGAUGAUGCCGUGGGUAUUCCACAUUACCGGGCAUUAGCAAUGUGGCAUUAUGAUGAUCAGCACUGCAUGAAUCUACUGUUUAAGACUAUCUCAGACUUUGUGGAUCUUGUUCCUGCCCUACAAAACACCAAGUUGGGUGAAGCAAGAAAUUACACAGAAGGAAAGAAGCUUUGUCAGAAUAUAUCUGGAUGGAUUGCAAAAGUCACAGAGAAUUAUGGUAUCAUCCAAAGUGGUAGUGCCUUGGUGGAUGCUACUUACCUAUACUUCAAAAAAGAAGUUCUGUACAUAGAUGGGGAGUUACUUCCAAAAGGUGGUAGUCUACAGUCAUUGAAACAAGGAAGGCAGUGUAAUGUGCAGGCUAAUGUAAUGCCACCAAGGGACAUUGAUGGCUAUCAAGUAACUAUGGAAGCAACAUUGGUAUGGAUUGGAAGGAAACCAUCAUUUGAAUCCAAUGGAGAAGUUGCACCUCGGAGCAGUCCAGGCAGCCCUUCUCAUGUCAAUGAUGCUGCUAAUGAUGGAAAGCCCUCUGCUGCAAAAACUAAAACAGAAUCUUGUGUGAGGGCUGACAAAAUUCUUCGUGCUGCUGAAGGAGUGAUGGUGGGUCAUGUUCUCAUGGCUGAUGAAGAGCAUGGACUCAUAAUUAGUUCAGAUAUUAUCAUUGGCUUCUCUAGGGAUAUCUUCUACAUAAAUGGAAACAAAUUCAAAGAAAAGGACAGUAGCCUGAAAAAUUUUUGUUCAGACCGAAAGAUUACUGUACGAGCUAUGAUAGUAACAUUGAGUGAGCCCAAAGUCCUGUUAAACUGCUUCGUCAUGUGUGAAGCUGUUUGUGUGUGGAUUGGACAAGAACCAGAUGACUUGGCAGUUUUGCAGAAGGUAUGUGAUCAUGAAAAACCGUACAAAGCUAUUGAUUUCAGUAAGAUGUCGCACAUAUCCUUACUCUACUUCAUGGGACGCAUGACUCCUGUGUCAAAAGAUGUCACUUUACUUGCCAGUACAACUCCUGAGGGGACAGCAAAAAUUUUCAUGUCAAAAGAAAAUCUGUUUGUAAAUGGUGCCUCUGUACAUCAGAAUGAUGUUUUUGAACAAUGCAAAAAGAAAUCUCAAAAUUGGUGUGUUUUUGCUGUUCCUAUUCCUCCGAGAGAUAUGAAUGGACAUUCAGUAAAAUAUAAUGCUGUUGCAGUUUGGGAUAUGAGUUACCAUCACAAAAUGAGAACAGUGCUAUUAUCUGCAGCUUACUCCCUUGAUAAAUCAUCUGAAAAAGAAUGUAGCACUGAACAUGACAGAGCAUGCAUGAAAAAUAAAGCAAAUGGAGUCUCUGAUAACAAGAUAGAAGAUAUAACUAAAGCUUUGUCAAAUACUUUGGGUCUUGGAAGACAAAGAAAGGAUCAUUCAACAUCACUCAAAAUGUCAUCACAACUGAAGGACUCCUCAGUGAUAGUCUCACACCUUGCUAAAACACCUCCAGAAAUUGAGGGUUGUGAUACCUUUAAGUUAGGGGACAAUGUUUCAGAGCAAGAGUUUUGUGGUAAACAUGUAGCGGGAUACAUAAUUAAAAAGACUGAAGGAGGUGGUAUUGCCCAGUGGAAAAGCCUCCAAUUCGAAGGUUUUGUGUUCAUUGAAUUUAGUAGAAAAAGUCUUUACCUUGACAUGAAGCCCAUGAAUAACAAAUGGAAAGUAGCUGAUGUUACAGCCAGACCAUGUAACUUGUAUGUGAUUCCUGUUCCACACCACAAUGUUGAGAAAUGCAUCGUUAGCCUCAAGGCAACCUGUGGCUGGAUUGGGAAAAAACCUUUGCAUUUCCCUUCACCAGGCACUCAGCUCUUGCCAAAAAUUGACCUGAGCAGUGUUCAUGUUACUCAAGCAAUUGAAGUCGAAAAUACUAGUGAAGAUGAAUUUGAUGUUCAUGAUGAUAUUGAUGAUGAUGGUGGACUUGAUGAUGUAGAGAUUCCUUUGGAGGGUUAUCAGAAUGAUAAUAUAGUAAACACAAGAGCCACUUCUGGGGUUUCCCUUAAAUCGGAAUUAUCACAAUCCCUAACUGAAGCUGAAGGAAACAUUGCAAAGGGAACUCAUAAUGAACAACUAUCAAAAGUUAUUUGCAGUACACAAAAUCAAGCACCACCUCUAAUGCCUCAAGUCAAAAAUAAGAUUGAAAAUAAAUCUGAGGACAUCAGGGAAAACAAAAAUAAGAAUAAAAACCAUCAGAGUGGCACCAUUGCUGAAGCUCAGUUAAGUGUGGGACAACUAAAAGGAGACGAUGGCAGGCUGCACUACUUCUCCCGGGACAGCUGCUACCUCUAUGGAGUCUCCCUUGGCAAUGUAGAGCUGUGGCAUGUUUUAGCCCCAGAUGAUCCUGUCCAUUACAGUGUGACAGAGCUAGUUCCUGGGAUGGUAAAGGUUCAGAGGGUCUGGAUUGGGUUCUAUGAUCAACCAAGUAGGGAGAUUGCAGCUGAACACAUCUUUGCAUGGUGUCAUGAAAAAUCGGUGCCAGAUGGUGCACGAGACAUCUUGGUAAGCCAGCUGGAGGCCCCGUGAAUUACUGGACGUGCCAUUGUUCAGCUUGUCUCCUCAGACCUCUGGAGCUGUUAUCAUCUCGUGUCAUUAGCAGUCAUCAUCUAUUUUAUUGUUGCUACGUGAAGGUAACAAAAUUGUCCCUGAUGUUGUCUUGUCAUCACAGUGUUGUUGUAGUAAGGUCAACAGAAGAGAUAAGUGUACUUUUGUCUGACAUCAUCAUGUGCCUGCAGUGAGUAGAUUGAAUUCAUACAUUUCUUCACUUGAAGUGGUUACUAGGAUAAAAUGACAAUAUGCUCAACUUACUUUGUCCAACUGGCCAGAGUAUUUUUUUUUAUUAUGGUGCUGUUGAACCUGAAUCACAUCAGACUUGGGUCUGUCCUAGUAUUAAGUACAGGAUACAGGACCUGCCCCAUGUAGGCCUUCAGUCUCUUGCAGAUUCCUUAUGUUAUGCCUGCAGAUAUAUUGUGUUUGUAGGUUUAGGUAACAUUUUUUAUGGUGCUGUUAAUUAAUUCCUAUAUCACACUCAUCAAGGAUAUAGGCUGCUCAAGUAGUAUCUCUUGAUGCACCUGGCAUUCAUGGAUGCAUUUAUGGGAUGCUAUAAUGCAUGUAUGCCAGCCAACCCUAAAUGACAUGUCUACUAACUGUCAGUUGCAGAUUUAUUAGGCUCUUUAAGCACAGCACUCUAUUAUUAGUGUUAUGAGCAUGGCAAUCUCAUCAUCAGUUUUCACAAAAAAAUUGGCACUGAUCUUUUUAGUGUAAAGGGUGGUCCCCCUCCCCCCCUGCUCUCUCUCUCUCCAAAAAAAAAAAGAACAGGAGUGUAAACUCUUAAAUAAUAGUACAGUCUAAUUUUUUCAUUGGUAUGAAAAUGACCCUGCAUUUCGAAGUGCCCUUUUUCCUCACAAAGUUUGCUGCUAGCUAUUGGUCGAAUAUACCAUGUCCCAGUAACAUAGAUGCAUUUGAAAUAAUUGCCAGGUAAUGUAAAUCAGAACUUACUUACAAGUUUCUCUAAAAUGUGUUAUGUGAAUUAAAAAUGUUAACAUGACUUUAUAGUUAAAAUUAGUCUCAAGACAGGAACACAAGCAUGUUUUCGAAUGCUAAUUUUCUUCGUAGUUGUCUGCACGGUGGUUUCCGCAGAUAGUUCUGUGAGACAUUCCUGAACAAUUACCAUGCCUCCUCCAGCAGUUUUAAUUUCUUGGUGAAGUCACCAUCAUUAACCAACAUGUGGAUCUGAGGGCUUUGUAUAACUGCCCUGACUGAUUACUUUGAGGUCCCCACAUAUUUUUCACUGGUGCUUCUCAUACUUGGUAGCAGAAAGCACAGUUUUCAUAGCUCUCAGUCAUCUUCAUCACAUGUGUUAUUGUCAUGGAUGAAAGCACAGAAUUAGAAAGAUGAAAUUUAUCAAUCUGCAACAAAAAUACAAAAUAUACUGAAUCAGUCAGGUCAGGCAGUGCAGUGAACAGAGGAAUACCAAAAGGAGCCAGUGCCCUCCUUACAUUCUCAACAUUUCAGUAUCACUUUAAAUGACACAAGAUGGGUGAGAUUGCCAGUCUCAAUCCUCCUAUAGAUAUUUAAAAUGUGGCCAGUAUUUGAAGUGAUAUCAAGGUGAUGGCUAUUUCAGCUUCUGGAAGGUUGAAGUAGUGCUUGCAUAUUUAGGUUUAACUUCUAUGGUGGAUAUGUUUCUUUAUUUUUGUUUGGUUUCAUAUAUGAUUGAAUUUAUCUGAAAAUAUCAUUCAGUUUUGGUAUCAAAGUCAGAGUAAGUAGGUGUACAAAUACAUUCAUUCUCUGUGUGUGUAUGUGUGUGUGUGUGUGUGUGUUAGGGAAACACACUGCAUUCCAUACAUAUACAUUUUAUUAUUUUAACUAUAAAACUUGUAGAAAGUAAGUUGGACAUACUGAGAAAAAUAGUGCCUUACUAUACACCAAUAGCAUUUUAAUUUCCACUUCAAGCUUGAAGUCCAGGGUUCUUUGAAAUGAUGUCUCAAGGAAACAGUGUUGAGGAACAUGUAUUAAUUACCAGGUCCUUGAUUAUCUUUUAUCAAAAUAAGCCCGAACAUGUAAUUGCCAGAGUUUUGUUGGUAUUGGGAUAUGGACUUUCAGUGUAACUUCCUUUCAGUGGUACUUUGUUUUCCUAAUUCCCAAGAAUGCUAAUCCAUGCAAUUAAAUUCUGUAAUACUGUUCUCUAUUUGAAUGACAAUUUUUAUAGGUCAGAUUAAUGUAUUACACUCUUGAAGCAACAAAUAAUAAACCUAUAAUUAUUCUCACUUGCUUUUACUUGUAAUAUAUUAUCUAAAUGUUAAUAAUAAUUUUGUUUUUUCAUUUGUCUAAUGGUGGUAUGUUUCAUACAAGUUCCUGGGCAGUUUUAGGUAAUAAUUAUACUAAAAGUUAUGAUAACAAUGUCAUUGCACAAUUUUAAGUACAAUGUGAAAAAUAUCACUGCAAAAUACUACACUUCAAUACAUAAUCCCACUCUAACAUGAUUUUGAAGAACACCAUCAUCAUAAGACACUACCUAAAGAUAAGCUUUUGUAAAAAAUAAAAUAAAAAAUAAAAAAAUCUCCCCAAGUUAGACAACUAAAGACCAUAUAGCUCUGCUAGGGUUAUUAGAGAGCACUACCUCUCUCCCAGAAACCCUCUAAAGAUAAGCAUUUGUAAA